UGGCGGGACCGAAAAUGCCGGAAAAGAAACCCUGAGCUUAGUCAGGGCUGGGCAGCAGCAGGGGGCGCCGCCAUCAUCUGUGGGCAGAGGAGCUGGGACGGGCAUCUGCAAAAUAUUAUGGAUAAGGAAUUUCAGGAAGAACAGUUUACAGGAAUUAUUAAGUUUACACCUCCUUUGUACAAACAACGCUACCAGUUCGUUAAAGAUUUAGUGGAGAAACACAAACCUAAGAAGGUGGCAGAUUUAGGCUGUGCUGACUGUACGCUUCUCUGGAUGCUGAAAUGCUGCAAUUGUAUCGAAGUGUUAGUUGGGCUAGAUGUCUGUGCAACUGUGAUGAAAGAGAAUAUGCAUAGGUUGUCUCCUCUUCCUGGUGAUUAUUUGCAGCCAGCUGAAAGAUCCCUGACUGUUACCUUGCAUCAUGGUUCAGUUGCCCAUAAAGAUCCUUGUAUGCUCGGCUUUGACUUGGUAACAUGUAUAGAACUAAUUGAGCACCUGGAAGAAUCAGAACUAAAGAAGUUUCCUGAAGUGGUGUUUGGUUUCAUGGCUCCAAGCAUAGUUGUGAUCACUACUCCAAAUUCUGAAUUUAACCCUUUGCUUCCAGGAGUGAUAUUAUCCAGGCAUCCAGACCACAAAUUUGAAUGGAACCGAGCACAGUUUGAAAGCUGGGCUCUAGAGACUGCUAGAAGCUAUGAUUACUCGGUGGAAUUCACUGGUGUUGGACACCCACCAACAGGAAAGGAGAAUGUUGGGUUUUGUACCCAAAUAGCUGUAUUUGUUAGAAAAUGUCCUCAAACUAUUGAAUCUGUUCAGUCUGAGAAACCCACCGAAGCAGUUUACCAAACGGUCUUUCAAGCAGUGUAUCCAAGUCUUAAAGAUGAGAAGUACCUGCAGAAUGCAGUGGUUGAUGAAGUUAUUUUCACAGCACAAAUAAUUAAGCAAAGUCUGCUGGACCAUGUAAUGUCGGAACCUGAGGAGUAUAGUGAUGAUCUUACUGAGAGAGAAUUGGAAUUCCAACCUUCAGCGGACUGUUUUUCAGAAGAUCUUGAAACACUGGUUGUUGAAAAUAGCAUGGAACCAUUUGUUGAUGGAAAUGUGGUUUAUAUACCUCUUACAACAAUCUUUUCUUUUCCCAGAGUGAAUCAGCUUUGUGGUACCUUUGAGAAGUUCUGCGAGCUUAUUGCAGACAAGGUCACACUGAGCAGUGAUGGUUCUGCUGUGAUGCUCAGUACAGAAUAUGAAAAUGAAGAGUAUUAGAUCACAGAUUUCUCAUAUAAAGUUCAGUUCAAGUCAUGAAUGUAUAUUUUUAGUAGCUGUCAGAUGGUGUGUUCUGCCUGCUAAUCGGAAACAAAAUCUAUUCUAAACCUUUCAGCAUUUAUCCAUCAGCACUUCUCUUAGUGAAAAUGAGUGCUUCUGACAAAGAUCACAGUAACUCAUAGGGUUUUGAAGUAGAGUAUCAGGGGCUAAAUGGAAAGAAUACCUGUGAAGAAAAAUUUUAAGUAGUUCUGUUUGUUUUUUGUUACUAUAUUGUACCGUAUUACUAUACUCUGUUACUAUAGUCUUUUUGGUAAUCUUUUGUUAGCUCCAAGGAUAGCUAUUAUAACGCAGAAACAUGGGGUUUUUUUGCUGAAUAAUAGCAGACAUAGGGCAGGUUUUUGCUUAAUAGAAUAAAUUUAUAGAUGCUCUCUUCAAGAUGAGCACAUACUCAGCCUUUGUGAAAAGCGAAAAUUGUUCCAGAUAAAUAGGAAUAUGCCACAAACAUUUAUCGCUUAGUAAAUUCAGUACUGGAGAAGAAUGCUAUGAUGCUGGAUGUGAGGUGGAGGGGAAAGGUAGAUUUAGCCCUGCUGUUUUUUUAAUCCAGUUUCUUGAUAACUGCUGUUUGGGAAAUAGUUUGCAUCCUGUCCCUUUCCAGAAGCUGGAUUGUGUUAAUUUGAAAUGGCUAGCUUAGACUAUUCUGGUUUUGAAAACUUUUUUUUUUUUUAAAGUAGUUGUGGAUGCUAACGGCCUUGGUGCCUGAAAAAAAAUGUCUGUGUUUUCACGUGCAGCUGUUGUCAAAAAAGCCUUGACAACACAUUCAGCAGAACUGGAAAGCAGAGGUGUUACAGAUAGUGCUCACUGACUUGGCCAAGAUGAUGUUUUCUUAAGUAGAGCUGAAUUGUAUGCGUGAAUACACAGCAAGCAAAUGUCAGACAGACUUAGAAAGACAGAUGUUUUAAAGGAUGCAUGUUACCUUGUUCAAGCAGGAUUAAUGAAGCAACACACUGCAGUACUUUUUAAGUUUCUUGGCGUAUCUAAAUGUUUUCAACCAAUAAUUUUAAUAUCUCAAGAGAGUAUUUGUUGUAAGUAAAGAGAUGGUUAAUUAAAAGCUUGUAUGAUCCUGAAUGAGCCUGUAUUAUCAGAACUGACUUUGCGUUUGCGAAACACGGGUUUCACAAUGUUAUGAAAAUAAUAAAUUCUGUGUAAGGGCUGACUGUUUCUUUAAAAAGGUGACUGCAUUCUACCUUCUAAUUUUUUGAAUUCACUUAAAAGUCAUUAAGGUGAAAGAUCAAACAUAAAGGGAAAAAGCAGCUGUGAUUCUCUGUAGCUGAGAAAUGGUACAGAACCUAUAACAGGUUGAGUUUCUGGGAAGGAAAAGUGAUCUCCAGUGCUCUGUUAUACUGAAUGAUUAAAAAAUACUUAAUAAGCUCUGUCUUUUGUGGGAGAUUUUUCUCCUACAACAGAUAGAGAUGGAUUAUUAAAAAUUUACUUGACAUUAUAUUUAGAAUUAAUUAAAAUUAAUCUUUAAUAGAAUAUUUAGAAUGCUUUCACUUUUUUUUGAAGUUGUGGUAUGACCUUGCUGUAGUUGAUCUGUUAAGAUAUAUGUAAAAUUAAAAUGCUAAAACGUUCUUUGGACACCAGUAAGCUUACCUGUUGGAGAACAUCUUUUGUUUGUUACUAGAAAAUAUCUCUGCAGUUCAAUGUAUGGAUUACUGUAGUUUGAAGACUUUUGGACCACAGAACUUCAUCCUGUGUCAGUUCUUCUUGAAACUUUACAUCUUUAGUGUACUUUACGGCACGAUCACUUUAAAACGAGGAAAGGGGAAGAGAAGGAGGACCUGUCAGAUUUGGCAUGAUAUUUACCUUGAAUUUGUAUUCCGGUAAUGUUUAAUCACAGGAAUGUCAUGU